AUGGUCUCCUCACUUUACGGCCACUCCGGAGGGUUCGGUCUCUCGGGUACCGCAGGGAACCGUACGAGACGUCGCAGGCCCGAGAUCAGCGAGGAACAGAAACAGGAGAUCAAGGAAGCGUUCGAUCUUUUCGAUACCAGUCGUAGUGGAUCGAUCGAUUACCACGAGCUCAAGGUGUGCAUGCGUGCACUUGGCUUUGACGUGAAGAAGGCCGAAGUGUUGGAGCUGAUGAGAGACUAUGAUCGACAACAAACGGGUUCGAUCCGUUAUGAUGAUUACUUGGAGAUCAUGACAAGCAAAUACGCCGAUAGGGACCCAACCGAAGAGAUGAUCAAGGCCUUCAAGCUCUUUGAUGAUGAUGGUACAGGUCGUAUUUCUCUGAAGAACCUCCGUCGGGUGGCGAGAGAACUGGGAGAAAACCUCUCGGAUGAUGAACUACAGGCGAUGAUUGACGAGUUCGAUACAGAUCAGGACGGUGAAAUUAACGAGGAGGAGUUCAUCGCUAUUAUGAAACAGACAUCACUUUAUUGA